AUGCAGUACCUUAAAAGUGCAUUAACGGGAGAACCUCUUGAGCUUGUUGAUCAAUACCCUUUAGAGGCUAAAAAUUACAAAAUUGUGCUGGCUUUAUUACAAAAGAAUUUUGGUGAUAAAGACAGUAUUAAGUGUAGUUUACAUUCUGCUUUAAGGCGUAUGCCUCGUUCUGGUAAAUAUGUCCCUGAAAUAAGAAAAACAUUAAGAAAAAUUGAAUCAAUAAUACAACAAUUAGAAAAUAUGGGGGAAAACACGGAGCAUGAACAGCUAAUCCUUGAGAUUGAGUCUAAAAUGCCCAAAAGAAUUUUAACUGAAAUUUAUAAAAGAAAAAGGACCGAAAUAGGUUGGAAUUUGAAAAAAAUGUUAAAAUUUUUGGACGACUUUUUGAAACUGGAAGAGGAUGUAUAUCUCAUUCAUAAAAUUUUGAUAUUGAUAAAGAUGAAGCGGAUUCCAAAAUAAAGAAUAAUUAUAAAAAUAAGUCCGUGAAAGUUCAUGCUACCGCUAUGUAUUACGCAAAAGCCGCAAAUUUUAAUAAAAAGGGUAAUGAGGUAAAACAAUUACAUAAAUGUUCAUUAUGCGAUAAAUUUCAUUGGGAAGACAAAUGCAUU